AGAGAUUGAGGGAAAGCUUUAGUUUGAGUUAUUUCUAAAGUUAAUAAAGAAGUGCUUUAUUAAUACUUGAUCAAAGUAUUUGAUUCUAGAGGUACCCUUUUUGUUGUAUGAAGAUGGGCAUUGAUAUGAUGUACGACGAGUCAAAACCCGUAUCAUCCUCAAACCCUAGCCAAACUCUAGUUCUGGUCGGUCGUACUGGAAACGGAAAGAGUGCGUUAGGGAACAGUAUUCUUGGAAGAGAGGCGUUUGUGUCAAAAGCAAGUUGUCUUGGAGUCACCAACACAUGUCAGUCAGAAAGAGUUGUGCAAGAUGAUGGCCAAAUCAUCAAUGUGAUAGAUACUCCUGGUCUGUUUCAAUUGUCAAGGGCAGCCGCCUCUAUCGGUAAACAAAUUUUGAGGUGCAUAACAUUAGCUGAAAAUGGAAUCCAUGCUAUCCUGUUGGUGUUCUCUGUGAGGGAUCGUAUUACAAAAGAUGAGAAAGUGUUUAGUCACUUGCAAACCCUUUUCGGCAGUAGAAUCGCUAACUAUAUGAUAAUUGUCUUCACGGGUGGCGAUGAAUUGGAAGAGAACGAAGAGACGUUGGAGGAUUAUUUGACUCAAGAGUGUCCACAAUUCCUAAAAGAAAUUCUUGAGCUAUGUGACAACAGAUUGGUAUUGUUUGAUAACAAGACCAAGGAUAAGCUCAAGCAGGUUGAGCAAGUUCAGAAGCUUCGUGCACUUGUUGAGUUGGUUGCAAAGCAAAACAAUGGUAAACCGUAUAGGGAAGAGUUAUUCAAUGAACUACAGGUGGAGACUACGCUGAUCAGAGAAACCGAAAUGACGCUAGAGCAGCAACUAGCUCAAGGGCAAUCUGCAAGACUUGACGUCGGAGAAAGCGCUACCGAUCGAAAUCCAAAAACACACCAUGGAUGGGUUUAAAAGAGACAAAGGAACUCCAUAAAAAGUUGGGAAAAUAUAUCAACCUAUGAUAAUAACUGCACAGCUUAGAUUUCGUAUCCUUCAUUCUACUUUUAUAUGUGUUUUUUUUUUCCGUCUACAUCUUGUUAAUUUUAUGAUAUAAAGACAAAAUUCUUUGAUGCUAGUUUUCUUUUUAUGGUGUUUGCUUGCUUCUAUUGUUUUAUAUUUAUA